AUGGGUCCCGUCGCCUUUCUCUGGCCACCAGACCGUAACUGGACAGCCCAAGCAGAUAACAUCGCACCGUGCGGAAGUGCAGAUGGUCCUUCGAAUCGCACUGAGUUCCCGCUCACUCAGGGUGCGGUAGCCUUGACAAUCGCGGACGAAGCAUGGAAUGUAGCGAUUCGACUUGCGACUGGAAACGAUCCACGUACGGAGUCAGACUUCAUAGACGACCAAGUCGUCUCCAAUGUCUCAGAAGUCGAUCCCGGCCACCAAUGCUACAAGCUCCAGAGCAUCGGUGAAAUCACGGCGGGCACGAACGCUACUAUCCAGAUGGAGUACUGGGGAGAAUUUGAAGGCGAGAACAAUGGAAAUAACCAGUCAUUCUUCGCUUGCGCGGAUAUCACCUUCGUAGCCGCCUCAGAUUUCAACAUCUCAGCCCCUUGCUUUAACGUCACAUCGUCGGAAUUCGAUACCCCUUCUUCUUCAGGCACUUCCUCUCCCACUUCCUCUGCCUCAUCCACCUCCAACACCUCCUCCGACUCUCAAUCAGGUGGAGGCGGCGGUGGAGGUCUUUCGACAGGCGCAAAAGCCGGCAUAGCAGUCGGGUCUAUAAUCGGAGGCCUUGCACUAAUAGGUUUGGUGGCGUUGCUGAUGCUGCGGCGAGGCAAGGCGAUGGGGCUUAAGGGGAAAGAGGAGUAUGAGUUGCGGGCGAAGGAUCUGGGGAGUCCGGUGCCGGGGCAGGAGCCGACGACACCGGCGAGGACGUGA